GGGGGGUAGUCCGCAAAUCGUACUCCGUACAAUCGAGAUCCGAUUGAUUCUGCAAUAGCCGCGAGUGCAUCGGUGUGUUCGGACUCGAGUCGUAGUUAUCUGUUAAGAAUAGUAGUUGGUGCAUACGAAAACAACGAAUCCAACCACUUUUGUAUGACUGGGUCUACUGUAAAGAGAAUCCUGGAAAUUAUCAAGUCAAAUCUGAAGUUUCAACUGAUACAGUUUGCAUAAUAAUGGCGACCUGAGUCGCCCAUCGUAACAUUUUAAAGAUUGAAUACUUCCCUUCAAACCACCUGUUUUAAUCGGUUAAUUUUUGGCAGAAAAUUUCCAACGCAUCACUGCCGAAAAUUUGUUGCGUGUACAGUUCGAUUCCAGAAGAUUGACGUUUCUUUUCAGAAAAUAUACUACCGUAAUCUAAAUAUUGUUGGAAGGAAUUUUUGAUCACAUCUUUUCUGAUCAUUUCAAAAACAAAAUACUCGCUGUUAACUAAAUUUCAUCGGAGUCCCCCUUUAAGCCAACGUUCACCACCACGAGGAAAAAUGCUUUCUGAACAAUUGGAGUGGAUGUACGCUAAAUACAAUGACACGGAUCCCAGAACUAGCAGGUUGUUUUUAAUGUCCGACUCAUGGCCCGUGAUUACAAUAGUUGCGACGUACAUUUACUUCUGCGGUUCAGCAGGCCAAGAAUAUAUGAAAAAUAAGCAGCCCUACACCUUGCGCAAGACUCUGAUAGUAUACAACUGUAUUCAAGUUCUACUCAGUAUUUACGUAUUCAAAGAGGCUUUGAUGAUGGGCUGGUGGUACGAUUUUAGCUACACGUGUCAACCGGUGGAUUAUUCAGAGAGACCAUCAGCAAUGCUAGUAGCCAGAGUUUCCCAUUUUUACUUCCUGUGCAAGCUGACCGAGCUCCUGGACACGGUGUUUUUUGUACUACGGAAAAAGGAGCGUCAAAUCACGUUUCUUCACCUUUAUCAUCAUGCCUCAAUGCCAUUAUACAUUUGGAUCGGAGUUCGCUAUUACGCCGGUGUAGGUCAUCUGACGUUUAUGGGGCUGUUGAACAGCUUUGUUCACAUAUUUAUGUACAGCUAUUACAUGCUAGCGGCAUUUGGGCCGGAAAUGCAAAAAUCCUUAAUGGCCUGGAAAAAGUAUAUAACAAUAAUGCAAAUAGUACAAUUUCUCGUUGUCGGUUUACACACUGUGCAAGUGUUUGUCAUUGAUUGCGAUGUGCCAAAAUUUCCCGCUGCUUUGAUGGUGUUGAAUAGUAUUUUAUUCUGCUACCUAUUCACAUCUUUUUACAUUGCAAACUAUGUUAAAAGUAGUACCAAUGAAGUCGAGAGCAGAAGUCUAUCGAGACAUACCCUCACUGGUCGAAAAUCCGACUAAAAAUUGCACUUUAAGGUCCAUUUUUCACAAUGCAAGCUAUAAAUAUGACAGUUCCGUUUCUGUAGUCAAGGCGACAAAUUCAUGAUAGCUUCAGCUAUGUGCGUUUUCUAAAUUGAACGCUUCAUAUUUUGUAUCUAAUAAC